AUGCUCACCUUCAGACGAGCCCUCGUGCUUGCUGCCGUCAUCCUAACCACCUUGAUCUUCCUACGACACAACCAUCCGAAACAGGUCGAGACCCUCAAACCGAAUCACUCGCCGAAACCUACCGGAUCCCAUGCCGACAACCGAAAGAUAGUCGAGUCCGCCCCCGAGUUAGCGACGGAUUCCACACUCACCGAAGAGUCGAAACCUGUGCCGACAGGCACAGGCACAGGCACAGGCACAGGCACAUGGGACGGCGACAAUGGCGGUCGAGUUGCUCUGAAGAAGCCUCGGCCUCAGGUUGCCAUGGACGAUUUGAAACUGAGGCCUUUGAGACAACAGCUCGCAUACGCAUUUCCCUACGACGCCGAGGGCAAGUUCCCGGCUUAUGUUUGGCAGACAUGGAAAGACACCCCGUCAUCUGGCGCCUUCCCUGAAGAGUGGAGGGCCGCGGAGGCUUCAUGGACAGAAUUGCAUCCCAGCUUUGUGCACGAAGUCAUCGCAGACUCGGUGGCUGUCCACCUAAUCCGGCACUUCUAUGCCAGCAUUCCCGAAGUUCAAGAGGCCUACAACGCGCUUCCAGCCCCAGUGCUGAAGGCGGAUUUCUUCCGAUACCUGAUCCUCCUGGCACGAGGGGGGAUAUACAGUGACAUCGACACAACUGCGCUCAAGAGCGCAGUGGAAUGGGUACCGGCGGAGGUACCUCGGAGUAGCUAUGGAUUGGUGGUGGGAAUCGAGGCCGACCCAGAUCGACCAGAUUGGCACGACUGGUAUUCUCGCAGGAUACAAUUCUGCCAAUGGACGAUUCAAAGCAAGCCAGGUCACCCCGUGCUGGUUGACAUAGUAGCGACGAUCACAGAGGAGACACUGAGGAGGGAGAAAGCCGGCGAGCUCGACAUGGAGCACAUUGGAAGAGGUGUCGUGGAAUUCACGGGACCCGCCAUUUGGACGGACACCAUUUUCAAGUUCUUCAACAACCCGGAAUACUUCGACAUGUCGACCAGUAAAGGCAACAUCACCUGGCACCAAUUCACUGGAAUCACACAAGCCAAGAAGGUUGGAGAUGUCGUGAUUCUUCCCAUCACCUCCUUCUCUCCCGGAGUCGGACAGAUGAACGCCGGCGACAUUGAUGACCCGAUGGCGUUCGUUCAGCACACGUUCGAAGGUACGGAUUCAGCUCGGAAGAGGAGCAGACUAAUGAUGAACAAAACUGACCGAUACUAGGUACAUGGAAGCCCGAGAACGAAAGGCACAUCGGCGGUUAA